AUGUCCGACGCCCAAGCCGCCCAGGUUACAGAAAAUGGCGUGCCUCCGGCUGCGCAAGAGUAUGUCAUCGAAGAAGCUCCCCCGUUCAAAGUCUUCGCUGGCAAUCUUGCGUACUCUACAACGGAUGAAGGGCUCAAGACUUUCUUUGCCCCCGUACAGAGCGACAUUAUCACUGCUCAGGUCAUCCUGCGAGGCCCUAGAUCCGCAGGUUAUGGCUUCGUCGCAAUGUCCAGUGCAGAGGCUGCUCAAAGAGCUGUUGACCUCCUUAAUUCGGAGGAGCUCGACGGUCGCAAGGUCAUCGUCGAGAUUGCCAAGCCAGCCGAUCAAAAGGACAGAGAAAAGAAGGAGAAAAGGGCCAAGAGGAGACCCAACAGGCGCGGUGCCAAGGCCGUUCCUGGUGAAGUCACCGACGCCGAGGCAAAUGGCGAAGUCAAGACGGAGGAUGCCGCUGCCCCUGCUGCUGCUUCGGGCACUGACGAGGCAGCUAAGCCCAAAAGAAAAAAGAAAAAGAGCAACCGCAAGUCCCGCCAAGCGGCUGCUCCUCUCGAAGGUGAAACCGUACACGAGGAGGUUGGCUACGAGGCGCCUGCCGCAGAGGGUGCUCCUGAACCUGCCCCCAGGAAGCCUCGCGUCAGGACUCGGAGACCCAGGGCUCCUCGCGCAUCCCGCGCCGUCGGUGAAGAUCCCGUUGGCGAGCCCUCCAAGACCACCCUGUUUGUCGCCAACCUUGGCUUCAGCGUAGACGAUGAUGCCCUCUCCGCGCUCUUUACUGAAGCCGGUGUCAAUGUCGUUUCCGCCCGCGUGGUUCGUCGCCGGUGGGGAACACCCAGGAGGAGCAAAGGUUACGGUUUCGUCGAUGUUGGCACUGAGGAGGAACAGGCAAAGGCAAUCGAGGCUGUCCAGGGCAAGGAAGUUGGCGGCCGUGCUAUCGCUGUCAAAAUUGCUGUCAACUCUGCCCGUCAAGAAUUGGUCGACGAAGCCGAGGAGCAAGAGUCCAGGGAAGAGGGGCUUAGCAAGAGCCUGUUUGAGCGCGCACAGGAGGAAGAAAUGGCCGCAGGUGGGAGCAAGGCACUGGGCAUCAUGAUGAAAAUGGGGUUCAAGGUCGGGCAAUCGUUGGGAAAGACCGAAGAUAGCCCUCCAAAGACCACAGUUCCCUUACCUAGUCCUAGUCUGUCCGAGGACCAGUCUGAGCAGGGCAUAUCUAGGGCUCAGUCAGAAUCUGCGGAUCUUGGAGAGGGUUUGAAAGGAAGACCUCAACACAAGGUUGAACCAUUACCCCUCAAUGAGUGGCAAGGGAAGAAAGGUAUUGGUCUAGGGAAGCGCGCUCGCUCACCCAGUGCCGCAGAUCGCCUCGCAAAGAUGGCGAAGAUGGCAGAAGCUGCCAGUCAUGAGAGCUUCCGAGACCGCGCCCGGCGCGAAUACGAAGAACGGCGAGCAGAAGGACGCCUUUCCCCGGCACGACAGACGUGCCUCACACUUGACGAGAAGGCGGGGAUCACAUUCAACGUUCUCUGUUUGGAUCCUAACAAUCCUGACUCUAUCCCAGGGGGUCUUGUGGACGCGCUAUCAACCAAUACACUGCAUGCAUCACCGUUGCGCUCCGCCUCAGGAGAUGCCUCCCAUGCGGCACGUCUACGCGCCCAAAUGGCAGCUGAUGCCCUGUUACCGGUUACUUCAUUGGAUGAAGAUGAAGAUGCCGAAGACAGCAAAACACCCACAGCAGUGGAACAAUUCCCGCAAGAAGUCAUCGAGGAAGCGGUUUACUUCUUACGACUGGGCCCGCGGGACCGCUUAAAACUUCUUCUCGAUUAUCUCCGGGAGAAAUACUCGUACUGUUUCUGGUGCGGGACACAGUAUGAGGAUGCUAUUGAUUUGGAACAGAAUUGCCCUGGGCCUGAAGAGGAUGAUCAUGACUAG